GGUGAGAGCCAGACGGAAUUUACUAAUUCAACGAAAAGGUGACGAGAUAAUUAAAAAGCUUAAUUUGGGAUUACUAUUUUUUUUACAUCUGUUUAACUUAUAUUUCUUUUCAUAAUGCGGUUCAAUAAGAUAUUGUUUUUGUGUAAGAAAUGCGUACACGCUUGCGCUGAGUUGGGUCGUUAAGGUUGUGAUACAUUUCCGUAAUCUCACUAGAUACGACAUUUGCACAUCUUUUCGUUUUAAUCGUGUUAAAGUGCUAGCCAAAUAAACGCCACGGAGGAAAACCGCAAGCUACCACCCACAGGUGGUUCCUCAUCUCCAAGGCUGAUGUCCCUCUUAUGAUCAUGUUGACAACAGAAACUCUAUACACUCGUUUGACAUUUUUGACAGAUGACAGGUGGACUCGUGGAAGCGCAGGAUUAGAAAGCCACUAGCUGAAUGCCUCUCCAUCCAAACCUAUGAUCAGCUCAGUGUGUGUUUCGUCUUACCGCGGGCGCAAGUCAGGCAACAAACCUCCUUCAAAAUCAUGUCUGAAGGAAGAGAUGGCAAGAGGCGAAGACUCGGACAAGAUCAUUAUCAACGUUGGUGGCACGCGCCACGAAACCUACAGGAGCACCCUUAGGACCUUACCGGGCACGAGACUCGCCUGGCUCGCCGACACAGACAACCAGUUGAACCCGGACACAGACAAGGUGGGAAAGACAUCCACCGGCGAGGUGUUUUUUGACCGACAUCCUGGCAUAUUCGCCUAUGUUCUGAAUUACUAUAGGACUGGCAAGCUCCACUGCCCGGCGGAUGUCUGCGGCCCACUUUUUGAGGAGGAGUUGGCAUUUUGGGGCAUCGAUGAGACGGACGUGGAGCCCUGUUGCUGGAUGACCUAUCGCCAGCAUAGAGACGCAGAAGAGGCGCUUGAUAUAUUCGAACCACCCGAUCCGGAGGAUGCCGAGGAAGACCAGGACGUGCCCAAACGCUUCGGCAUCGAGGACAGCCCUGACCGCUCCAGAGGAUGCUGUAAAGUUUGGCAACCAAAGAUAUGGGCGCUCUUUGAAGAUCCAUAUUCUUCCCGUGCUGCCCGGAUAAUUGCCUUUGUCUCCCUGUUUUUCAUCUUGGUGUCCAUCACUAAUUUUUGCCUGGAGACCCAUGAGGCCUUUAAUGAGCUUCAUAAUCACACUGAAGAAGUUAUGAAUGGCAACACCACUGUGAUCAAGAGCAGCCUGGAGGUAAAGACCAAACCAGUGCUCACAUUGGUGGAGGGAAUCUGCGUGGUCUGGUUUACCUUCGAGUUCCUAGUCCGCAUCAUAUGUUGCCCAAACAAGCUUUUCUUCGUCAAGAACACGCUAAACAUCAUUGACUUUGUUGCCAUUCUGCCCUUCUAUAUAGAGAUGAGUUUAAGUGGCCUCACAUCCAAAGCUGCCAAAGAUGUCCUGGGCUUUCUGCGUGUGGUCCGUUUUGUUCGCAUUCUUCGGAUCUUUAAGUUAACCCGACACUUUGUGGGUCUCAGGGUUCUUGGCCACACCUUGCGGGCAAGUGUCAAUGAGUUUUGCCUUCUCAUCAUCUUUCUUGCCCUUGGGGUUCUCAUCUUUGCCACCAUGAUUUAUUAUGCUGAGCGUAUUGGCGCAGAUCCCAACGACCCUAGUGGCAGCUGCCACACACAUUUUAAGAACAUUCCUAUCAGCUUCUGGUGGGCAGUGGUCACCAUGACAACACUAGGUUAUGGUGACAUGUACCCUCAGACAUGGCUGGGCAUGAUGGUUGGGGCUUUAUGCGCGAUAGCUGGCGUGCUCACUAUCGCCAUGCCAGUACCUGUUAUUGUUAACAAUUUUGGGAUGUACUACUCCCUGGCUAUGGCCAAGCAGAAGCUGCCUAAGAAGAAAAAGAAGCACAACCCAAACCCAGACAUGGUGAUGGACUCAGCCUCGUUUGGGAAGUCUGAAAGCAACUCACCAAGGAACAGCACACAGAGUGACACAUGCCCUCUAGCUGCCGAGGAGAAUAUCAGAAUAAACCGCUCUGAUUCAAAGCAGAAUGGUGAUGCUAAUGUCCGUCUUUCAGAAGAGGAGGCCUGCAGUCUGACAUUUCUUGCAGACCUGAAUCCACCAUCCACACAGAGAGCUGCAAAGACACACUCAAAUAUCCGUCAAGCAACACUCAAGCAGAAGUCACCACUUUGACCUGAGGGACUUUGAAAAGUGGGUGUGGUCCUGAGGUUAACACAUCAUGUCUCAUUCAAUAAUCAUGAAUCCUCUGUCACAGUCAAUGGGGCAAAACACCUGUUGACUGGUAAUUUGUAAUGCUUCCUGUCACAUUAUCACAUACGUCUGUCUGUUUUCGAGCCUCCAGUCAUGUAUUUGCAUGAUAUAGUUUUUAGUAACUUUGGUCAAAACAAAACUGUAAUGUAUUUUAUAUUUAGAGCACAUAAAAUCUCUAAAAUCUGACUUGAAGCAAAUCUUUAAAAAAAAGAUAAUUUCUUUGUUAAAGACCCAGUGAAAUCAAAAUUGGAGAAAAUUGAACUUUAAGCACAUAUAUUGGUUCAAAAUUUUCAGUCUUUCUUUUCUAAGAAAACCAACCAAAAUAUGCAUGACCUUGCCCUCAUAGGCAUAUCCAAGUUAUUUAUUCUAAAAAUGCCCUCUAGAAAGAUAAUAUCUCUUCCCCGUAAUAUUGCCUGCCACUGACUUGCAUUAGCAAGUGGCAAAUCAUGGUUCACUGCGAUGGCAUAAACUAAGGGCUAUUGGCUAAUUUAUUUAAGGACAAACCCUUCGAUAUGUCUUGCACCAACUUCCCUUUUUUAUCAAGAAGUAAUGGGGUUUUUACCAAAUUGAUUUUUCUCUCAGCAAGUCAGCAAUAUUUGUUUAUAUACAAAAUUGUCAAACAUUUGUCAAGAUUGUCUUUAAAAUGUGCAAUAUCAGACUGAACGCUAUUGUUAAGGGAGACAACCCCACGUGACAGAAUGAAGUGAAACAGUUCCUGUGUUUAAAUGUUGGGUAGUGUAAUUAUGUUCUUGUGAUAUAAUGGCGAAAUUCAUCUCCCUUCAUGAUAUAAAUUGGCAGCUUGGCUUUAUUUGGACAAAAGCAGAAACUUGUGGGCUGUGUCUGUGUAGUACUGCUUCAGAGAUCACAGAAUAACAAACUGUAAGAAAGCUAAUUUGUCAUAUUUAAAAGAAUGUUUGAGCAGGGAUCACUUUCCCAAAGGCAUUUUAAUUAGAAAUGUCAAAGGAAUAGGCUGAUGAGACUCUUAAAAAGAAUAAAAUAUUUCACAAUGCAACUUAAUUAAAGAGCACAGUGGCAGCUGCAUGCUUUAUGAACUAUCAGUUUCUGUAAUUCAAUUUACAUGAAGUCUUAUUGCAUUUGAUAUCAUCAGCCAUCAAUAUUCAUUACUUAGCUGGUUGAGAUGGGACCAAACACAGAAGCCAUUAUAUGUCCUGCAAUGUUAGUUAACUGUAAUAACUUUUUGUGUGUGUACACGCUGUAAAACAUGUCCAAGUUGUGCCUAAUGUCCUGUAAUAAUACUAAUAAUACUAAUUCUAAUAAUACAAAACAGUGGAAUAUUUUGUUGUUCACAGAGAGGCUUGUAUUGAGAUGUCAAUCAUGUUUGCACACAUGGACAAAAAAUCUUGCUUGAGACUUUAUUUCUGUUUUGUUCUUUUUUUUAUUCAGUUUGUUGUCUGCCAUAGUUGCCUUAUGUUUUAUAACAACAAAAAGUUCAAGUGCAACACCUUAUUUAGAACAGAAAAGUGCAUCAUGUAAAGUACCGUAAAAUAACCACUGUGUGUAGUAGAGUAUCUUGCAAAAAGAUGUAUUUACUAUCUAGUUAUGCAGAUUGUUUUCAUAAUGGUUCUACAGUAUCUACCUUUAGCCAGUAACCGUGAGUACGUUUGUGUGAUGUAUAAUGAAAAUGUAUGAUGUUAUAUGUCUAGAGAAAAAGCAGUUCAUAUCUUGUAUUAUGUAGGCAUGUGUGUCUAUGCAUUUCUGCAGGAAUACAAAUAAAAUCUAAAUAUUA